CAGGCGAAGGUCCUUCCUAUCCCAUGGGUACGGCCUUUGGGGAUUUAGUUGACGUAUCUGUCACACUGGAGUUUUCCGGGACGGGUAGAUAAACCCAUGCCCAAUACUCCUCUUUUCGCAGCCGGGCAUGGGACUGUCCACGGCUGAGGCGUUAGUUAUGUUCCCACCUGUUUAAUGUGCUCCUGAUCCCACCUUGUUGUGGAAACGGCCCCUUUGAACACUUGUAGGAACAGAACGAUCAUUCUCAGACACUUCAGCGCCCCUAGAGGACAAUCGCGGUACUGCAGGCGUUCAGCGGCUCCACGGAAGGAUCCUGAACCAGGAAGUAGCGGGAGUUAAAAUGGCUUCGAAAGGACAAGUGGAAAGUUGGACUGACGAGGUAAUUUGUCCCAUCUGCCUGGAUUUCUUCACCGAUCCGGUUAUACUGGACUGUGGACAUAACUUCUGCCGCUCCUGCAUCACACGGUGUUGGGAAAGGGAGGAGAGAAACUCCUGCCCGGAAUGUAGAGAGGAGUCUGGGAACCGCACCCUGAAAGUCAAUCGGGCCUUAGCAAAUCUGUCUGAGAAAGCUCGAAAACUAAACUUGAAUCCGAAAGAGAAGGAAAGUAAACUUCACUGCAAGGAACACGAGGAAGAACUGAAGCUGUUUUGUGAAAACGACAAGAAACUGAUCUGUGUGAUCUGUGUAGCUUCCCAGGAACACAGAGAGCACCGCUUCCAGACGAUUAAAGAAGCUGCUGAUGUCUAUAGGGACCGGGUUAAAUCUGCGGUAGAAUCUCUCACAGAAAAGAAAUCCGAGCUGGAGGAAAUAGAGCGGCAACAGAAAGAGAAGAUUUCCGGAGUUCGGGAACAGUCACGAAGCGUUCAGUCCCACAUCACAUCCCAGUUUGCUGAACUGCGCCGGAUUAUCACCGAGAAAGAGCAGCACACACUCCGAGAUCUCAGGGAAGAAGAGGAGAGGAUUCUAAAUCCAUUGGAGAACAAUCUUCGAGAGAUUCAAGAGAAUUUAGAUUCUAUCCAGCAGGAAAUCUCCAAGUUACAGAAACAGAUGGAUCAGCAAGAAAAUGUGAUAUUUCUCAUGGAGGAAGCUUGUCGGGAGAGGAGGAUUAGUGACGAUGUCCAUGAAUUGUCAGUGACAGAUGGAGCCCUACCAGUUGAAAGAUUCUAUCACCCCUAUUUGUUGAAAACAGCAUUGAGAGAAACACUUGAUGCCGUUAUUCAAGGAACAGAACGAUCAUUCCCCGACACUUCGGCGCCCCUAGAGGACAAUCGCGGUACUGCAGGCGUUCAGCGGCUCCCCGAAAGGAUCCCGAACCAGGAAGUACCGGGAGUUAAAAUGGCUUCGAAAGCACAGGUCGAGAGUUGGACCGACGAGGUAAUUUGUCCCAUCUGCCUGGAUUUCUUCACCGAUCCGGUUAUACUGGACUGUGGACACAACUUCUGCCGCUCCUGUAUCACACGGUGUUGGGAGAGAAACUCCUGCCCGGAAUGUAGAGAGGAGUUUGCGGACCGCACCCUCAGGGCCAAUCGGGCUUUAGCAAAUCUGUCUGAGAAAGCUCGAAAACUAAACCUGAAUCCGAAAGGGAAGGAAAGUAAACCUCACUGCGAGAAACACGAGGAAGAACUGAAGCUGUUUUGUGAAAACGACAAGAAACUGCUCUGUCUGAUCUGUAGAGAUACGCGGGAACACCGAGAGCACCGCUUCCUGCCGAUUGAAGAAGCUGUUGAAGUAUAUAGGGACCGGGUUAAAUCUGCGUUAGACUCUCUCACAGAAAAGGAAUCCGAGCUGGAGGAAAUGGAGCGGCAACAGAAAGAGAAGAUUUCCGGAGUUCGGGAACAGUCACACAUACUUCAGUCCCACAUCACAUCCCAGUUUGCUGAACUGCGCCGGAUUAUCACUGAGAAAGAGCAGCACACACUCCGAGAUCUCAAGGAAGAAGAGGAGAGGAUUCUAAAUCCAAUGGAGAAAAAUCUUCGAGAGAUUGAAGAGAAUUUAAAUUCUAUACAGCAGAAAAUCUCCAAGUUACAGGAACAGAUGGAUCAACAAGAAAACCUGAUAUUUCUCAUGGAGGAAGCUUGUCGGAAGAGGAGGAUUAGUGAUGACUUCCAGGAAUUAUCAGUGACAGAUGGAGCCCUACCAGUUGAAAGAUUCCAACACCACUAUUUGUUGAAAACAGCAUUGAGAGAAACACUUGAUGUCGUUAAUCAAGUCUCUGUCACCCUGGAUGUGGAGACGGUGCAUCCGGCGCUCGAGGUGUCUGAGGAUCGGAAGAGUGUGAGAUGGACCUGGACCCGGAGGAAUCUCCCUGACACCGGGAAGAGGUUCACUGUCUCGCGUUGUGUGCUGGGAUCGGAGGGAUUCACAUCGGGGAGACAUUACUGGGAGGUGGAGGUGACGGGGAAUCGGUGGUGGGAUCUGGGAGUCGCCGCAGAGUCUGUGGAGAGGAAGACACGGGUCACACCGAGUCCGGAGACCGGAUUCUGGAGCAUCGCACGGCGUGAUGACGAGAUGUGGAUUCUCACCCGCCCUGAAGACCGUCUCUUCGCCGGUCCCAUCCCCGGGAGGGUGGGAGUUUAUCUCAGUUACGAGUCCGGAACAGUUUCAUUCUACAACGCGGAGACCAAGUCCCAUCUCCACACCUUCACUGGGAGUGAAUUCACGGGGAAACUUUAUCCUUUGUUUUGGACUUGGGAUGAAAACCAGUGGCUGAGAAUCUGCUCCGGUUCCGCUCCGGGACUGUAAACAGGUCGGGUCCGGGUCCGGCGACAGGAGAAGUUUACAAAGAAAAUUAAUGAAGGCAAGACAGUGAAUGUUGUCUACAUGAACUUUUGCAAGGUCUCGAAUUGGAGGUUGGUCAAAAAGUUUGGAUUGUUUUGCAUUCAGGAUGAGGCAAUAAAUUGGAUGAAAAUCAGAAUCAGAAUCGAAAUCAGGUUUGAUAUCACCGGCAUAUGUCGUGAAAUUUGUUGCUAUGCACUCAACAUUGCAAUACACGAUAAUACAAUCUGAAUUACAGUGAGAAGUAUAUAAAUAUAUAAAAUUAAAUAAGUAGCGAAGGGGGCGCUAGUGCGCAUGCGUAUGGAUUAGACGAGUUUGGUCAGUGCUCCUCUCCGAGGCCUUGAUAAAAUUACUAUUAUACCGUGUUUUAUUCAUUUGUAGGCCGACAGUGUAUGUCUGAACUAAUGGUACGUCCACACUACUCCGGAUAAUUUUGAAAACAAAGCUUUUUCUCUUCGUUUUGACCUUCUGUCCACACUGAAACAGAGUUUUCAUCCCCCAAAAACGGAGAUUUUCAGAAACGGUCUCCAGAGUGAAUAAAUCUGAAAAUGCCUAAUAUCCGUUGUAGUGUGUACGGGGUAAACGGAGAGAUUUAAAAACGCUGUCAUGCCAACACCAGAACAACAAUGCUUUUUCUGCUUCUGCUUCGUACUGCACAAGCUGUUAUAACGCGCAGUCGGUGUGAACGGCGUGAGAGUUAAAUUGUAAAGUGAGCUUUUUUGACUAUUUAAAAACUCUGUCAUGAUGUGCCGGAACUGAUGUUCAUUGUUUUCUUGAACGCCACCACCUAACAAUUUCAGAACAGACGGCAACGAGACUGAAGCCAGAAGGGUUAGAAAUGUACUCACCAAAUACUUUGACCCAUAGCUUACUGAAUAAAUAAGUAUACUCCCUUUGCCCUGUUUUCUGUCCUUGCUUGUAUGAAGGUGGUUUACCUAUUUAUGCAAGUACUUCUCUGACAAUAGACGUGUAACAGCCUAAUGUAACAUUGUAUGGAAAUACAAGACAACACUGAUGCAGACAUUUUAUACAUUUAACAAGGUGCCUUAUUAAUGCGACAGAGUGAGUCAGUUUUUCAAUGUUCGUCGUCAGCAGGGUCAUACUGUCCGUGAACUCCCUGUCGGUUGCCUCCACACGCUCCAGUAUUUGUUUUUUUUUAGGUUUAAGUCCUCCUGCGCGAGAGCCAAGAGCAGUUCCUUUAAAGUUUUUCUACUUGGUAACUGGUGUUACGAGAAUACACAUAAAAUUAAGAUGUUUGCUGGCCUGGGCUAGCAUCAGUGGCAUCAGCAGUUGGUCUGCCACCUGCCCUCAGGGGAAGGAGAGAUAAGGAACAAUGGAGCAGCGUCUGGAGAUGUGUAAUGAAGGGAUGUGGGAGGAAGAGCUGUCUGGAGCGGCUCCCCCCUUUGAACCCUGAACUGUUUGAAGUGAUGGACAGGCGAUAUCCCAGCAGGGGGAUAAAAAGGGACAGGUUCGCUAAGACACACGCCACCCGAGGUAACGAGACCCUGGAAGCGGUGCGCUUCUCACGAGUGGGUGAGAAGUACCGGACAACGACAAGGGUGGAAAGGUACGAUCAGCGGGAACCCGGUGUGUGUCCGCCCUUGCCUGGGUGCCGGGUUCACUGCAGAGGAUCGACCGCAUCUGGAGGAGGGGUCACAGUCGGUGACCUCAGGUGACAUCACCGAGGACCUGCCCAAAAGCUGUCUGUGAGCCAUCCCGCUGGUCUGUGAGUGAAGCAGUGUUCUGAAUGAUCAGUUGUUCCUAUUCUGUCUCUCUUCCCCCACCUUGUCCAUCGCCAUGGCAACGAUUACUGCGAACUGAACUACAAACUGGACUGAACUUUGAGUCAUUUUGAAAUUGGUCAUUUACCCCUAGACAACGAUAGAGCUUGAUUGAUGCUGUUAUCUUAAUUCUGUGCACAUGUGUGGUUAUCAUUGUUGAAUUGUUGCAUUUAUUAUCCUUUCGAUUACUGUGUUGCUUGUUUCUUUAAUAAAACUUUCUUAGUUCGAGUACUCCAGACUCCAACUGAGUGAUCCAUUUCUGCUGGUUUGGCAACCCAGUUACGGGGUACGUAACACUGGACAAACGCACACCAAGUAUACCAUUUCCUCUAAGUGUCUGGAAAAGUUUGACAAUGCCAAAGGCAAAUAGAGCCAAGACCGCCGACUGCGAAACUAUCGAAGUUAAUGCUAACAAUGGGUCGGUAAAGCACUUCUCCGCGUCUGAGAUACCACCGGAUAAAACUUACACCAUGUGCAAUGAACUAAGUCAGGAGAUUUCUCAGUCAGUUCUGCGUGGCAUUAACGACCGCUUUGAUGUUUUUGAGACCAAGUUAGAGGCGCUUGUGGCCUCCCAGGCUGACUUGCCAGCCCGUGUGGCUAAUCAAGAACUAACCGCCAGUGACCUUGAAACACACGUGCAAGAGCUUGAAGUUAAGUAUUCAGAGCUAAUGAGACAAAAUAGCCAGCUUGAAGCUAACAUGUUAUUUUUUGUGUAUGUUGUGUUUUUAUGAGGCUGCCAGCCAUUCUGCAUCGUUUACUAUGUUUGUGCUCAACUCUAAUAAUCUCUUUUUAAUUCUCAUAUGCAGAGGCUGUAGAAAAGAGCUGGGGGGGGGCUGGUAAAGAUAUUACAAUAGUCUCGUGGAAUGUUAAGGGCCUUGGUCAUGUUGUUAAGAGGGAUAAAGUUUUUAGAUAUCUGAAAUCUCUAUUUGCAGAUGUGAAUUUUCUACAGGAAACCCCUAUCAAAGUAACUGAGCAACGCAGAUUGAGGUCUAGCUGGAUAUCGUAGGUUUACCAGUCACCAUUUGCAUCUCAUGCCCGUGGUGUGGCUAUCCUCUUUAGGAAAAAUAUUCCAUUUCAGCUCACUUCCAUGACCACAGCUCCUCUCGGCAGGUUUAUUAUGAUCUCUGGCACCAUUAAUUUGUUUCCGCUAACCUUCCUUAAUAUUUAUGGUCCAAACACAGACGAGGCAAAUUUUUUUUAGGAAAGCUUUUGAUUUACUUCUGGAUGCCAGUAAUUCAAAUAUAAUAAUCGGCAGUGAUUUGAAUUGCUACCUGGACCCAUAUUUAGAUAGAUUGUCCUCCCGCCCGCCCUCAAAUAUCUUGUCAGUGCAGGUCCUAAAUAAUUUGAUUAGAUCUAGGAAUUUAGUAGAUACUUGGCGAGUUCAACGUCCCACCGACAAGGACUAUUCUUAUUAUUCUCAAGUUCACAAAUCUUAUAGUAGAAUAGACUGUUUUUUGGUUGAUUCUCAUUUAAUAUCUCGUGUUACCAAUACAAAAUAUCAUAAUAGAUUCAUUUCUGACCAUAGCCCCUUGACAAUGUCCCUGAAUCUCUCCCUUUCCAAAUGAAUCUAUUCCUGGCAUUUUAACCCCUCCCUACUCGCCGAUGAGAAAUUUAUAGUAUAUUAUAACCACCAGAUUAAAAGAUUUUAUAGAAAUUAACGAUAAUGGUGAGGUGUCAGAUUCCACACUCUGGGAGACAUUAAUAGUUGUAAUUUGUGGGUAUAUAAUUUCAUAUGAAUCUGCUGCUAAGAGGGAGAGAGAAGGGCGAUUAUUAGAGAUUGAGAAUACUCUCCCAACCCUCGAAGCGACAUACCAGGCUUCGAAACCCUCUGAAGAUUAUAAAAUAAUAAAGUUUAAGUAUGAGUAAGUAGUAUCUUGGGUAGUCAGAUAUAUAACCUCCUCUUAAAAUAAAGACAAAAGAAUUUCGAAAUGGGGGACAAGCCUUGGGGGCACCUGGCACGGCAGCUCAGGGGCGCCCAGGCCCUAAGGUCAAUUCAUUGCAUUAGAUCGAGGCCGGGUACCCUGUUAACUAACCCCAAGGAGAUAAAUGACUGUUUUAAAGAAUUUUACAGCGAACUCUACACCUCUAAAUGCAAUGCCACUCAAUCUGACUUGAAUGACUUCUUUGAUUCUCUUGUAAUGCCCAGACUUAGUGAUGCUGCUAGGGAGGACUUAGAUUCUGACUUCACAUUGGAAGAAAUAACUUCUGCAAUUAAGUCAUUUCCGUCUGGCAAGGCUGCUGGGCCGGAUGGAUUUGGCUGUGAAUUUUAUAAGAAAUUCUGUGAUAUCCUUGCCCCACUUCUCCUCAGAAUGAUAUCUUGCUCUAAGAGAGAUAAAGCCUUGCCUAGGACAUUGUACGAGGCUAACAUUUCCCUCAUUUUGAAGAAAGGUAAAGAGCAAACAGACCCGGCCAGCUAUAGGCCCAUUGCACUCCAGAAUUUUGAUAGGAAGGUGAUUACUAAAAUGCUGGCUAACUGACUAAAUAAUUAUUUGUCAUCUAUCAUUCAUCCUGAUCAGACAGGAUUUGUCCCAGGUAGGUUCUCUUUUCCCAAAGUCAGAUGCCUCCUUAAUACUAUAUAUGCUGAUCAUGGGAAAGCUACUGGGGCAGCAAUUUUAUCCCUUGAUGCACAAAAGGCUUUUGACCAGAUUGAGUGGCCUUACAUGUUUGAUUAUAACACUGUUACAGGUUUGGGUUCGGUGAGUCAUUUGUAUCUUGGGUAAAACUGAUAUACGCCAGCCCAAUUGUGUUCUAUUAUAACUAAUGAUGACAAUUCAACUCUGUUUCCCCUACACCGUUCCGUCCAGCAGGGGUGCCCUCUCUCGCUGGCCCUUUUUUCCAUCGCGGUAGAGCCCCUUGCCCUAAAAAUAAGAAGUCACCCAAAUAUUGUGGGUUUGAAAGUGGCAGGUAUUGAAACAGUUAUUAGUUUAUAUGCUGAUGAUGUGAUACUCUACUUACAAAACUCAGAAAAGUCAGUCCCUCUUCUUUUAGAUUUAAUCACCUCUUUUGGCAGACUAUAGGGAUGCUCAACCAAUUGGACAAAAAGUGACUUUGUGCCCCUCUCCAACAACUACAUGCGGGGUUUUUUGGAAAGUGCCCCGUUCAAAGUAGUUAAAGAUCACUUUACUAAUCUUGGUUUGGCAAUCUCCAAAGAUCCUAAAUUAAUAUUCAAAUUAAAAUUCGCGGAGUUUAUUUCAAAACUUAAACAGAAUAUAGAAAGUUGGAAAACCCUACCUCUAUCCAUGAUUGGUCGUAUAAAUUCAAUUAAAAUUGUUUCCCUUCCUAGGUUUCUCUAUCUUUCUCAAAAUCUCCCCAUUUUUCUCACAUCAGCCUUCUUUAAAGAGUUGGACUCCAUAAUAUUGUCUUAUAUCUGGAAUUAUAAGAUUCACAGGAUUUCAAAAAUUCAUUUACAAAAGCCCAAGUCUGAAGGAGGACUGGGAUUACCUGUAUUUAGACACUAUUAUUGGGCUGUCAAUGCUAGGGCUUUAAUUUUUUGGCAACAGGGGGCUCCGAAUAACCUAGCCCCUGGGGCUCCCUUGUGGCUAUGUAUGGUGUUCAACUCUGUUGUCAAUUCCUCCUUGCCAGCCAUGCUGUUCUCCAAGUUAGAGAGGCCUGGGACUUCAAGAAGUUUGAGGUUUGUUUUGAAAAAUUCCGUCAGAAUUCUAAAUCAGAUUAGGAGCGUUCUGAAUUUACCAGAGACCUCUGUACAAACACCAAUCUGUUUGAAUCACUCCUUUCUACCCUCAUGGUCAGAUAAAACAUCCAAAGCUUGGAGGGAGAAGGGUCUAGUUUCUAUUGAAGACCUGUGCAUAGAGGGACGGUUUGCAACAUUUAGUCUGCUGAAAGAGAAAUUUGAGCUGCCCCAUUUGCACUUGUUUUCGUUAUUUGCAAAUUAGACACUACAUUCAAUUUAAGAUUUGUAAUUUUGAAAUCCUUCCAGGGAUACAUAUGUUUUUUUGAUAUUUUAAAGAACCCUCCUGACUCCAGGCAUCUCGUUUCUAAGUUUGUACAUUUAUUUGAUAAUUGCACUGUAGCAUCGACUGUGAAGAUUAGAAACACCUAGAGGAAGAGUUGGGUACUGAAUUAUCUGAAGCUGCCUGGGAUAAGCCUAUGACACAGACUUGCUCUGUUAACCGCAGGCACCAACUGAUCCAGUUUAAAGUUGUCCACCGUCUCCAUUACUCUAAACUUAGAUUGCACAGGAUUUACCCUUCUGUCUCGCCAAUGUGUGAUAGAUGCCAAGGGAUGGAAGCCACGUUGUCACACACCUUUUGGUUUUACCCAUUACUGACUGGAUUUUGGUCCAAAAUAUUCGACUGGUACUCAAAGGCCUAUAAAAGAUCCUUCCCCUUGGAAGCUGGUCUCGCUAUAUUUGGCUGCUCGCAAUCUACUAUUUGUGUUACAGUGGAGUGCUGGGAACGGAUCCAAAUUCGAGACACAAACACUGAAGUACAAGGAACAGGACUUGACUGGAGUAGGGACGUGACAGGAUUCAGACCAGGAGCAGGGACAAGAGUGCAGACUUAGGCUAGGGAAAGCGGGACCAGGACGAGAAACCAUGGACUAAGGCUUCGACUCCGAGCCUGAGACUGGACAAGGACCCAGAACCUGGGUCUUGCCUCGGGCUCGGACCCCAGAACCAGGCAAAGACAUGACAUGGCUGCAGGACAGGACAUGGCUGGGGUCUAGAGGCCUGAACUUGGAGACAGGCUGGGGUCUUGAGGCUUGAGGCUGGGGUCUUGGGUCUUGAGACUGGCUGCAGGCUUGGGUCUUGGGUCUUGAGAUUGGCUGCAGGCUGGGAUCUUGGGUCUUGAGCUUGGCUGCAGGCUGGAGCCUUGGGUCGUGAGCUUGGAGGCUUGGGAUCCUCGAGGCUCGGGUUCUUGGAGCUUGGCUUGGGAUCCUCGAGGCUCGGGUUCUUGAAGCUUGGCUUGGGAUCCUCAAGGCUCGGGUCCUUGGAGCUUGACUUGGGAUCCUCGAGGCUCGGGUCCUUGAAGCUUGACUUGGGAUCCUUGAGGCUUGGGUUCUUGGAGCUUGCCUUGGGAUCCUCGAGGCUAGGGUUCUUGGAGCUUGGCUGCGGGAUCCUCGAGGCUUGGGGUCCUGGAACUUGGCUGCGGGAUCUUUGAGGCUUGGGUUCUUGGAGCUCUGAGACAGACUGGGAACCCAACAUCAACAUAGAGCCGGGACUUAUCCUUCGACGAGCCGGGACUCAUCUUUAACACGACACCAACAUGAGACAGGACAGAACAUAGACAUAGAGCCGUGACUCAUCCUAAGACAAGCCGGGUCUCAACUUCAUCUCCACAGCAAGGUGGGACAGGUCCCUCCUUCAGGUAACAGCAGAACGGCCGGACUUACCCAACAGAGGCGAGUUCUAGACAAGACAGAUCUCCCCGCAGGGCAACGGCAAAACAGCCUGGCUUACCACACGGAGGCAAGGACAAGAAGAGACAAACACCAAAGAACGACAGACAGUUCUAUCUCUGCUCCGGGGAAGCACCGAGUCUCAGUUCGGCCAGCAACCUCAGCUGGCUACGGAAACAGCAGAUCCCUACCUAGCUCGGAGUGGCUGGCAACCAUUCAGCUGGCCCAGGAAACAGCCGAAUUCAUACCGCAAAGACAGCUCCGACUACCGACAGCUAGGGUCCAUGAGGGGAUGGUCCCCCAACAUGGCCUAAAGAUGGCAAUUGGCUGCUCUAACCUUCCACCAGCAGGUUGCUCCCAAGGGAUCUUGGCAAAACAAACCAGCAGCUCACACUCAACCCCAAGGCUAUUUAUAUUCCAAGCCCCAAGAUGGGAAUCAGGUGUCUAUGAUUAACUCCAACAAGGGACUGUCACAAUGGGGGGGGGGUGGUCAUUGGGAGCAAGGGUGGAUCCAAAUGCAAGAUACAUCUUGUGAGGUUCAUUAAAUUGAGUUUAUAGUUUGAAACCAGGAGAGCAACCAGGCUCGCUUUGGCGAGGUAACCUGACAGGGUUGCUCCGGUGAAGAAAGGUGAAUUACCGGCACUCGCUUCGGGCGGAGACUAGGCUUGCUCCAGCCAGAUGACAUUGGCAUGCCGUACCUUUGGUGACAUUGCAAACACUUACGCGCUGAACGACUGAAACCAGGGACAAUAAACUACCGGUUCAGCCAAGAGUAAAUUGCCUCCAAUCACCAAGUCUGAGGGACACGGGAAAACAGUGAACCAAAGGGAAACAGGGAGUCAACGAUCCGGAUCGUAACAUAAACAAAGUAAAUUUAAAGGGACCCCCGAUCCAGACCAUGACAAGGACAGCUGGAAGACCCGGAGUCCUGAAUCCACGGACCGGACCAUGAACUGGUAUGCGGACUUCACGGUCCGGACCAUGACAAUUUGUUUCCCUGCAGCCAUACAACAGUUUCUUAUGCUGGGGAUGAUUGUUGCCAAAAGACUUAUCUUGAUGGAAUGGAAAUCACCUUCUCCCCCUUCCUUUCGGAGAUGGAUGGCUGAUAUUAUCUCAGUCCUACAGAUGGAGAAACUUAGGUUCUUGAGAACCAAUUCAAUUAAAAAGUUUUUGGCUAUCUGGGAUCCAUUUCUUGCCUACCUGGAUGAGGCCGGCGGCGGAUGAGCAACUUUCCCCCAGCUGAUUUCUCACGGCCCUCAUUUGAGAUUUAAUGUUUAGUAUUUCUGAGCACUUUGUACAAUAGGCAUCCCUCUAAUGUUAUGUCUUAUUUUUUUGCUUAUUUCUUUUUUAUACAUGUGUGAGCUGGUAUGUUUUCAUUGAUCUUUUUUUUUUGAAAAUUUUGAAAAUAAAGUUUUUAAAAAAUAAGUAGUGAAAAAAAGAAGAAAAAGAAACAGUGAGGUAGUGUUCAUGGGUUUGAUACCCAUUCAGAAAUCUGAUGACAGAGAGGAAGAAGCUAUUCUUGAAUUGUUGAGUGUGUGUCUUCAGGCUCCUGUACCUCAACCCUGAUGGUACCAAGGAGAAGUGGGCAUGUCCUGGGUGAUGGGGGUCGUGGGUGAUUGAUGUCCCCUUUUUGAGGCAGCUUUUCUUGAAGGUCCUGGUGUCAUGGUCCAAUCCAUGAAGUCCGCAUUCCGGAUCAUGGUCCGAUCCAUCGACCCUUACUCCAGGUUUUCCUGUCUACCCUGUUUCUGUUCCUGUUUGAGCACUAAUUGAGACAGCUCUUUCUCAUUGGGGCUGGCUGCAUAAAUACCUCCAGAGACCAGGGCGGGGUGCUGGAUUGUUCUUGUCCUUACUCCUCAUAUCCCUUCCCCUGCCUUCUGUUUCCUUGCCUGAAGCCUUGCCUCGUCUUGCCGGUAGCUCUCGCCUUGCCUUGAAGUUCUUGUCUCGCGUUGCAUUGCCUGAAGCCUUGCCUUGUCUUGCCGGUAACUCUCGCCUCGUCUCGCCUGAAGUCCAACCAAUUAUCUAUAAAUCUGAGGCCCUCCCUCCUGCACCAUGUCUUCAGCCACGUGUUGUUCUGUGCUAUCUUACUAUUUCCAAACCCGCCUGCACGUGGCAUUGGUAGCAAUCCUGAGAUUGCUAUCCUGGAGGUCCUGUCCUUGAACUUAGUACCUAACUCCCUGAACUCACCUUUCAGGACCUCCUACCCACGUCAUUGGUCCCUACGUGGACCACCACAUCCGGCUGCUCACCCUCCCUCUUGAGAAUACUGAGAACUCGAUCCGAGAUAUCGCAGACCUUGGCACCGGGGAGGCAACAGACCAUCCGGGAUUCUCGAACCCUUCCACAGAACUUCUUAUCUGUCCCCCUAACUAUUGAAUCCCCUAUCACUACUGCUCUCCUCUUUUCCCUCCUUCCCUUCUGAGCUGAGGGCCCAGUCUCGGUGCCAGAGACGCAACCACUGCAACUUGUCCCUGGUAGGUCGUCCCCAUCAACAGUAUCCAAAAUGAUAUACUUAUUAUUGGUGGGAACGUCCACAGGGGUGCUCUGCUCAUUCUGUCUAUUCCCCUUCUCUCUUCUGGCAGUCACGCAGCUACCUGUCUCUUGACUCUUAGGGGUGACUAUCUCCCUGUAGCUCCUGUUUAUUUCUGCCUCUGCCUCCCGAAUGAUCUGAAGUUCAUCCAGCUCCAGCUCCAGUUCCCUAACUCGGUUUGUCAGGAGCUGCAGCUGGAUGCACCUUUUACAUGUGUAGUCAUCAGGGACAAUUGUGCUCACCCCGACUUCCCACAUACUGCAAACGGAGCACUCAACUGCCCUAACUGCUGCCUCCAUUACCUACUCUUAAGGGAAUUAAAUUAAUUAAAGGAACUUACCUGGCCUUACCUCACUUGGAGUGAAGCUCGUCCUCAGCCUCUGCUCGCCAAAGCCUGUCGAGCCAAAGCCUUCCUACUCGGUCUCCCGCUGCGACGACACCUGCUCAGUUAAUCUGCUCACUUUUUAACUCUCCCGUUGCCUCAUGGUCCGACGUUCAUGCACUUGCGUAGUCAUGCCCCGUUCAACCGCCGAAGAAAUGCUUAAAAAAGAUUGAAUUGGUUUGCAUUCAAGACGAGGCAAUAAAUUGGAUGAAAAUCACAAUCAACGUGUCUGGGCCAGAGGCGAGGGACGGGCCAUUGUUCAGCUCACUGCUCCUCUAGGUUAACUUGUCAUUAUGCUGAAUUGAGACUGUGGCCUGCAAGUAACAGGCUGCUGGAAGAGCUGUGACUGGCUUCGUGGCUGUGAACGUACCUUCGUGAACUUCAGUUCUGAAUAUUAUUUGAUGUUAGUAUUGAACAGACACAACAGAAGCCGUCCCACACAGGUCCGGCGAAGAGCUUUAGAAUCCCAGUCUCUAUAAAAGAGAGGUCCCGCCCAGCAGAGUGUUCAUCACCAGAGCGGUCGUCGUUGGUGUAGUCUUGAGUCAGAGUGGAAAGGCUUUGGCUCAACAGGGCUUCAGCGAGAACAGGUGGAGGCAAGGUAAGCAGGUGAGUUCAUUACUUAUUUCAAGAUCAGUGGAGGGGCAGGUAGUGUUGAGGACAGGCUGCAGAAGGACUUGGACAGAUUAGGAGAAUGGGGGAAGAAAGUGGCAAAUGAAAUACAAUGGUGGGAAAUGCAUUGUCAUACAUUUUGGUAGUAGAAAUAAAUGUGCAGACUAGUUUCUAAAAGGGGAGAAAAUCCAAAAAUAUGAGAUGCAAGUCUUGCAUCUGAGAUGGGAGUCAUUUUGCAGAACACCCUACAGGUUAACUUGCAGGCAGAGUCGAUGGUGAGGAGGGCAAAUGCAAUGUUAGCAUUCAUUUGAAGUGGUCUAGAAUACAAGAACAGGGAUGUGAUGCUGAGGCUUUAUAAGGCACUGGUGAGGCCUCACCUUGAAUAAUGUGAACAGGUUUUGGCCCCUCAUCUUAGAAAAGAUAUGCUGCCAUUGGAGAAAGUCCAAAGCAAGUUCACAAGGAUGACUCCGUGAACGAAAGGGUUAUCAUCUGAGGAACAUUUGAUAGCUCUGGGUCUGUACUUGCUGGAAUUUAGAAGUAUGGUGGGGCGGGAUGACAUUGAAACCUUUCAUAUGUUGAACGGCUCAGACAGAGUUGAUGUGGAAAGGAUGUUUCCCAUGGUGAGAGAGUCAAGGCUAAGAGGGCACAGCCUCAGAUAGAACGGCGCCCAUUUAAAACAGAGCCACUGUGAACAAACAAAUUUCACAACCCACCCCGGUGAUAAUAAACCUGAUUCUGAUUUCUUUAGCCAAAGGGUGGGGAAUUUGUGGAAUUUAUUACCACAGGCAGCUGUGGAGGACAGAUCCUUGGGGGUAUUUAAGGCAGAGCUUGACAGGAUCUUGCUUGGACAUGGCAUCAACAGUAAUGGGGAGAAGGCGCAGGAGAGAUAUGUCCCACAGAAGUAGUUCUCAGAUAGCAGGGCGAGCCAACCGUGGCAGACAAGGGAAGUUAAGGACUGCAUAAAAGCCAAGGAAAGGGCAUGUAAGGUAACAAAAGUGAGUGGUAAGUUGGAUGAUUCGGAUGUUUUUAAAAUCCAAAAAGCCAUAAGAUGGGAAAAGAUGAAACAUGAUCGCAAACUAAAAGUUUUUUCAGGUAUAUAAAUAAAAGGGAGGUGAGAGUUGAUAGUGGACCA